AUGGCAACUAAAGCCGCAUUCAAACGGCUCACUCGAGAAUAUCAAAACAUCCAAAAGAACCCCCCACCAUUUAUUGUGGCUCAUCCAUCAGAGACCAAUAUUCUAGAGUGGCACUACAUCCUCACUGGCCCUCCCGGGACUCCAUAUGAGAAUGGGCAAUACUGGGGCACGUUAGUGUUCCCUCCAGAAUACCCAUUUGCUCCUCCUGCCAUCCGCAUGCACACUCCUAGUGGCCGAUUCCAACCUUCCACACGACUCUGUCUUAGCAUCAGUGACUUCCAUCCAAAAUCCUUCAACCCUGCCUGGGAGGUCUCGACUAUUCUGAUUGGCCUCAUGUCAUUUAUGACCAGUGAAGAAAUGACUACCGGCAGUGUCAGUGCAUCAGAGGGGGAGCGAAGAGUGCUGGCAGCACGAUCUCGGUGGUGGAACUCGACCGGCGGAGGCUCCCAUGUCAGCGCCACCCCCGGAGUGACUCGAACAGCCAAAGGAAUCAAUAACGUCAAGGCAGGAGAUGGAGGAUUGAAGUUCCGAACCGAAUGGCCCGAGUUGGAUCAGGACAACUGGACUUGGAUGAAGGACCAUCGCAUCGAUACCACCACUGGCCAAAUUCUUCCUGAUCCCAACGCUACUAAGUGCUCUCCAGAGACCAGUGCCUUCCGUCGACGACCAAAUGGCAGUGCCCCCGGCAUUGGGGCUGUCAUGGAAGGGAGACACGUUGCGCGUGAGGCUGGACAAGGAUGGGCACGACGAAACCGAGUAUGGAUCGGGCUGGCGGUGGUGUUUGGAUAUGCGCUGCUAUCGCGACUGGUGAGCGAUGUGCGAGGAUGA